CGCGCACGCGCACUGGCGGCUGGUCGUGGACGCGGCGGCCCGGCGGGCGGGUAAAUAACAGAUGCGGGUAAAAGAUCCAUCCACAGAUUUACCUGAAAAAGGCAAAAGAAAUAAAAGACCUUCAAUCCCUCAUGAUGAAGAUUCUUCAGAUGAUAUUACUGUAGCCUUAACUUGCCAACACGUAAGUCACGCUGUCAGUGUGAAUCAUGUGAAGAAAGCAAUAGCCGAGAACCUAUGGUCAGUUUGCUCAGAAUGUUUAAGAGAAAGAAGAUUCUGUGAUGGACAGCCAGUACUUCCUUCUGAUGUUUGGCUGUGUCUCAAGUGUGGUUAUCAGGGAUGUGGUAAAAACUCAGAAGGCCAGCAUUCACUGAAGCACUUCCGGAGUUGCAGAACAGAUUCUCAUUGUAUUACAGUUAGUCUGAGUACAUGGAUUAUAUGGUGUUACGAAUGUGAUGAAAAAUUAUCAACACAUUGUAAUAAGAAGGUUUUGGCUCAGAUUGUUGAUUUUCUCCAGAAACAUUUUUCUAAAACACAAACAAAUGCAUUUGCUCGAAUCCUAAAGCUUUGUGAAGAAAAAUAUGAAACGGGAGAAAUAAAGAAGGGAAGGCAAGCCAUCAGUGUGUCCUCAGUGAAAGGAAUUACAAACUUAGGGAAUACCUGCUUUUUUAAUGCAGUCAUCCAGAACUUGGCACAAACUUACAUACUUAUUGACACGAUGAAUGAGAUUAGAGAAGAUGGCACAAAAUUGAAAAUUGCUCUCUCUCCAGAUUCCCAGAUGGACCCCUUAGUGGUGGAACUUGCGAGCCCUGGACCACUGACCUCAGCCUUGUUCCUGUUUCUUCACAGCAUGAAGGAGUCAGAAAAAGGACCACUUUCUCCUAAAGUUCUUUUUAACCAGCUUUGUCAGAAGGCACCCCGAUUUAAAGGUUUCCAACAGCAGGAUAGUCAGGAGCUUCUUCAUUAUUUGCUGGAUGCAGUGAGGACAGAAGAAACAAAGAGAAUACAAGCUAGCAUUCUAAAAGCAUUUAACAACCCAACUACUAGGACUGCUGAUGAAGAAACUAGAAAAAAAGUCAAAGCAUAUGGAAAAGAAGGCGUAAAAAUGAACUUCAUAGAUCGGAUCUUUAUUGGUGAAUUAACUAGCACAGUCAUGUGUGAAGAAUGUGCAAACAUCUCCACAGUAAAAGAUCCUUUCAUUGAUAUUUCACUUCCUAUAAUAGAAGAAAGGGUUUCAAAACCUGUACUUUCUGGGAAAAUGAACAGAUGUAGAAGUUUACAGGAGGCAGAUCAUGACCAGCACCGGGACACAGUCGCUGUGCAGAGUACUCAGCAGCCCAGAGCUGCCAGGAAGCAGUCCUCAGCUAAGGAUAAGAAUCAAGGAAUUACUAGCAGAAAACAUGGAAGAAAAUUAUCACCUGGAGAAAACUCUGCUGUUAUAUAUGAGAAUAAUGAAGUCCUCCAAAGGAGUGGGGAAUCAUCAGCCUUUGCAAGCAUUGAGAGUACUGCAAGGUCUCUGACAGAAAGCCCUACAGAUGGCAGUGACAAAGCGGCAAGCAAUUCUGAAUCUAGCGCUGAUGCUGACAGUGAGGCUUCAGAAUCGGAAAGCACUUCCCGGAAGAGCAAGCUGCCUAGAUCCCAUGGUGAAGCCCAUGGGCACACACAUAGGCACCGUCAGCUGCUGCCAUCACCUGAACUGCCACAUUCCAAGACUGACAGUGGAGAUGAGGGAAUAGCUCAAGCAAUUUCUGACCUUCGAUUGAACAACACUGCAACUGGAGAUAGAGAUUUUGACAGAGAAAAUCAUCCCCUUAAUGGUCCAAACAACCUAUGUCUUCCAGAUAGGAAACAUAUGAGGCCUCACAGUCCCCAAAAUGCUUUUCAGACUCUUUCUCAGAGCUAUGUAACUACUUCCAAAGAAUGUUCAAUUCAGUCCUGUCUCUACCAGUUUACAUCUAUGGAAUUACUAAUGGGUAAUAAUAAGCUUCUCUGUGAGAAUUGUACUCAAAAGAAGCAGAAAUACUUAAAGGAAAGCAGUUCUGCAGAAAAGAAAGCAGAAGGAGUUUAUACGAAUGCCAGGAAGCAACUGCUCAUUUCUGCUGUUCCAGCUAUCCUGAUUCUCCAUCUUAAGAGAUUCCAUCAGGCUGGCUUGAGUCUUCGUAAAGUAAACCGGCACGUAGAUUUUCCACUUAUGCUGGAUUUAGCACCAUUCUGUUCAUCUGCUUGUAAGAAUGUAAAUAUGGGAGACAAGGUUCUUUAUGGUCUGUAUGGCAUAGUGGAACACAGUGGCUCUAUGAGAGGAGGUCAUUACACUGCUUAUGUGAAAGUGAGAGUUCCCUGCAGGAAAUUACCAGAACAGACCACUGGGAGGAAAAAUGUGCCCGGUUUGAAAGAACUUGCCAGUGAGGCAGGAGGCCACUGGGUCUACGUCAGUGACACUUACGUGCAGGUGGUUCCAGAAUCAAGAGCACUGAGUGCACAAGCUUAUCUUCUUUUUUAUGAAAGAAUUUUAUAGUUAUUUAUUACUUGCUAACGGCAAUGAUUAUUUAGCUCACUUUUAUUUGAAUGCUGCAACGGGAACUAUAAUAUGUAAUGUGCCUUGGUAUUCUCUCUUCUGUAGGAUCAGCAUGACCUUCAAAGGCUCCUUAGCAUUUUCACCAUUUUUGUGAAUCCUUUUAAUGUAAAUUAAAUUUACUCAGUGCUUUCAAGUUUAUAUUUCUGAAUGUAAAAACAAGAUUUAUUUCAUGUUAUGAGGGACAAAAAUAUCAAAACUGACAAUAGUAAGAGAAUUUUCUUUAUGAUAUGGCUCAUUAUUACAAGCAUUCAGAAAGGAUGCUGGCUUAAUGAAAUUAUUCCUUAAUGAUACUCUUUUCUCAUUAAGAUACUGCUUUUCUGAUCUCCUGUAGUAUAUCCUAUGCCAUUAUUUACUUUUAAUGUUUUAGUCUUUUUAGCCUUAACCUUAUUCUGAGCAGUUGUAAUUAACAUUUUAUGUAUUUGUUAUUUUUGUAAUAAACAUCAAAUUUAUAA